AUGACGCGGAGGUUGAAGCUAGCCAAAAAACUGCCCCCCCAACGCGCUCCGGAGCCUGAACCUGACAUGGCAUGGAAGUAUACCAAUGCAUAUUUCGAAAAGGGCUACGACUCUGCGUUUGGAAUCGUUGAUCGCCCGUGGUUCGAGUCUCGUUUGCGUGUCCACCUGACGAACAGCGAAUACGAAGACGACGAUCAAUCUUGGUACGCGCUGCGCAACAUGAUUUACGCUUCCGGCAGUAGAAUCGAGCUCUCGGAAAAGUCGACCUUUAGCAAAGCCUCACAGGCGUCGUGGCCGUGGUUCGAGAAUGCGCUCUCCGUCUUUACCGAUCUGCUGUUCCUCCCCACCUCGAUAGUUGCCGUACAAGCGCUGGCACUCAUGGCAUAUUACACCGAAGGGUUGGGAAACCACCUCUUGCAGUACAACCUCACGGCGGCGGCCCUGCGGCUCGCGUGCUCCAAAGGUCUACACCGACAGCCGCCCUCGUCGUGGAAGUUGCCCGACCACGAAAUCAGCCACCGGAGUUGGAUUUUCUGGGCGGUCUAUUGCCUGGACAAACACGUCGCCAGCCGUUCAGGCCGGCCUUCGACAAUGGACGACGAGGAGAUUAACUGUCAAAUCCCAACCUCGAUUUCGUCGAGUAGUAGCGCCAAUGUCCAAGCUUGUCAGAUUCUCAUCCGCCUUCACCAGCUCUGCUCGUUUGUCCUCGCGUCCGUCUCCAGCGCCAGAGCUUUCCGACAGACCCCGAAUGAGUUGAUGCAGACAGUGCACGGCCUGCAUCAAAAGGCCGAGGCAUUGGGCCGGGAAAUUCGCGAGAUCACCCAUCUCAACGUCCCCCUUGACCUGACUCGGCUCCCGUCUGGCAUGAGCCUGUACACAGCGCUGGCCAUCCAGUUCACCUAUUCCGGGCUGCUGUUCGACAUCCACACCACCCUCACCUACCCCUGGUCGUGUGGCAUCAUCAACCUUCGACGACAUCCCGCCAUGCGCGACCAGGUGGAAAAGUCGUACACCGUCGUCGCCGAUGCAUCCAGGGAAGUCUUGCUUGCAACCAGGCACAUUCCUCUGGAUGCCACAUGCCCAUUUCUAUUCGCAUAUUACAUUCCAAUCUAUGCCAUGAUCAACCUCUUCAUUCACAUCCUGCAAGCACCCAACCUGGCGACAGUCCACUCGGACCUGUUGCUCAUGGAGAUCGGAGCGGCACACUUUACCCGGCUCGAAAUCGCCACCGAGUUCCAGAUCUCGACCCCUUUUGCAAAGGACAUUGCGCAAAUGGCCCGCCGCUUUGUCGAGCACGCUCAACUCCCUGAAUUUCCCGACAACGACAAGUCGAACUUGAUCGAAAGGCCUCUUCCAACUGACCCUCUUGACUUUGAUCAGAUGAACAUUCCCGAUUUGACUGAAGCGGAAAUCACCGGUGAGGACGGCAUGUACCCGACCUGGUUUGACAUGAACAUUGACGCCGACAUGGAAAUGUGGAGUUCCCUUCUUCCGAUUGUCGAAGGGGAUGGGCAGCCUCCGGUGGAUUUUCACUUUUCCAUGCGCCAUUGA